AUGGUGGCGGUUCGCGCAAAGGUCGGUUCCCGCGGCUACGUCCGCCAGAAGCAGCUGGCGAAGGGGAAGAAGGUGUUCAAGAUUGACUGCGCCAUUCCCGCCAACGACGGCAUCUUCAGCGAGGAGAUCCUCAGCAACUUCGAGCAGUACUUCCAGGACAACGUGAAGCUGAACGGGCGCAAAGGUAAACUGACGGAGAAGGUGCGUGUUGGUCUGCGCGACAACGUCCUCACGAUUGCGACGACGAUGGUCUACCGCAAGAAGUACUUCAAGUACCUCACGAAGAAGUUCCUUAAGAAGAAGGACCUCCGUGACUGGAUCCGCAUCCUCGCCCGGGGCAAAGACACCUACCAGCUGAAGUACUUCAACAUCCAGGACCAGGAAGAGGCGUAA